CCGCCCUCGUCUUCCGGGCUGCUUUCUGGAGCUCGAGGAGCGUCCUCCUCGCCGUCCCUCUCGCGGGACCCCGGCUCCCGAUGGCUCGGAUGGGGCUCGCGGGCGCCGCUGGACGCUGGUGGGGACUCGCGCUCGGCUUGACCGCCUUCUUCCUCCCAGGCACCCACACACAAGUGGUCCAAGUGAACGACUCCAUGUAUGGCUUCAUCGGCACGGAUGUGGUGCUGCACUGCAGCUUUGCCAACCCGCUGCCCAGUGUGAAGAUCACCCAGGUCACAUGGCAGAAGGCCACCAACGGCUCCAAGCAGAACGUGGCUAUCUUCAACCCGGCCAUGGGCGUGUCUGUGCUGGCUCCCUACCGCGAACGCGUGGAGUUCCUGCGACCCUCCUUUAUCGAUGGCACCAUCCGCCUCUCCCACCUGGAGCUGGAGGACGAAGGCGUAUACAUCUGCGAAUUUGCCACCUUCCCUACGGGCAACCGUGAGAGCCAGCUAAAUCUCACUGUGAUGGCCAAACCCACCAACUGGAUUGAAGGUACCCAGGUGGUACUGCGAGCCAAGAAAGGACAGGAUGACAAGGUCCUGGUGGCCACUUGUACCUCAGCCAAUGGGAAGCCUCCCAGUGUGGUGUCUUGGGAAACUCGACUAAAGGGUGAGGCGGAGUACCAGGAGAUCCGGAAUCCCAAUGGCACAGUGACAGUCAUUAGCCGUUACCGCCUGGUACCCAGCCGAGAGGCCCAUCGGCAGUCCCUGGCCUGCAUUGUCAACUACCACAUGGACCGCUUCAAGGAGAGCCUCAUGCUCAACGUGCAGUAUGAGCCAGAGGUGACCGUCGAGGGCUUCGAUGGCAACUGGUACCUUCAGAGGACCGAUGUAAAGCUGACAUGCAAAGCCGACGCUAACCCUCCAGCCACUGAGUACCACUGGACCACGCUCAAUGGCUCUCUCCCCAAGGGAGUGGAAGCCCAGAACAGAACCCUCUUCUUCAGGGGACCCAUCAACUACAGUCUGGCAGGGACCUACAUCUGUGAAGCCACCAACCCCAUUGGUACCCGCUCAGGCCAGGUGGAGGUCAAUAUCACAGAAUUCCCCUACACCCCAUCUCCUGAACACGGGCGGCGUGCAGGGACAGUGCCCACGGCCAUCAUUGGAGGCGUGGCGGGGAGCGUCCUGCUGGUGCUGAUCGUGGUCGGUGGGAUCGUGGUGGCCCUGCGUCGGCGCCGGCACACGUUCAAGGGUGACUACAGCACCAAGAAGCAUGUGUAUGGCAACGGGUACAGCAAGGCUGGCAUCCCCCAGCAUCACCCACCCAUGGCACAGAACCUACAGUAUCCCGAUGACUCUGAUGACGACAAGAAAGCCGGCCCACUGGGCGGGAGCAGCUAUGAGGAGGAAGAGGAGGAGGAGGGCAGCGGAGGGGGUGAGCGCAAGGUGGGCGGCCCCCACCCCAAAUAUGAUGAGGACGCCAAGCGGCCCUACUUCACCGUGGAUGAAACCGAAGCCCGUCAGGACGGCUACGCGGACCGGACCCUGGGCUACCAGUAUGACCCUGAGCAGCUGGACUUGGCUGAGAACAUGGUUUCUCAGAACGACGGGUCUUUCAUUUCCAAGAAGGAGUGGUAUGUGUAGCCCCCGCCUUUUCGGAGCCUCUGUCAGUGCCCACUUCUCCCGGUGCCCCUACCCGCACGCCUCCUGCCCGUCCCCACCACCUACUGCCCCCAGGAGCUCGACAGAGACUCACCCAGCUGCCCAAAGCCAGCCCCAAACUCCUGGGGAGCCAGGGGAGCUCAGGGCAGAGCCCACUCGGCUUCGUUUUUAAUUUCCUCUCUCGCCCAGCCCUUCCCCAUGGUGUCGUGUUCGACCGUGGCUUUGGUGUCGCUCUACCUGUUCCUUUCACAACCCCACCCUCUGCCCUCUGUGGAGGGAGCCCUGUUCUUGUCUUGUGUACCUGGGCACCCCUCCAGGGUUUGGGGAGCCAGUCCUCCCCACCCCCCCAACACUGGAAUUUGUUUGUGGUCUCUUUAUUGAGGGUGGAGGCAAAGGGGGCUUCGAAAUGAAGAGCACCCCCACCUUCACCCCCAGAUGCUGCUCCUCUUCCCAUAACAAAAAGGAACCCAGAGCCCCUCACCGUAAGCUGACACAGUCGAGGGUUUAGAUCCCUGGUCUAGGUAGCCAGUGCACCCAAGAGGUGAGGGAAGGUGUUCUCCAGAGUACCCAGGGGAGGCUUGUUUGUUAAGUGAUGGAGUUGAGGUCCCUACUGGCUGGGACCCUGGGCAGUGAGUUUUCCUGGUGAGGGUGGUUUUCUGCUUUUUUUUUUUUUUUUUUGCCUUGCAGGCCUACAGAGUGGAGUUGACCAAGCUCCAUUAUCCCUCUCCUUUCUCCCCAGUGUGUUCUCCACAUAGUGGGGUGGGGGGCAGGUGAACUCUGCUUACAACCUCUGCCAACACAUGCACACGUCCAUGCACACACCACUCGGUCUACACCCAUCCCCCCCAGGGCUCACACAUCCUUACCAGGCUGGACACUGCCCAAGGCCCACUCACCCCUGUGCUUCUCCUCCUCCUCCUUCCCAACAGAGGCUGAAAGAAGCCUAUAGAAAUUUCCAGAGAUGGCAAGGAUGAGCCUCCCAGCUGCUGCCAUUUCAGGAUGGCCCCAGCCCCUCCUGAUAGCAUAGAUGCUUCUCAGCUUUCUCCGUAUCUGUCAAGUGCUAGCAACACUUGAUUCUCUUGGAAAGUCAGAGCUAGGAUCCCAGAAGGGAAUUCAAGGCCAAGUCUUUGUGUGGAGAAGGCAGCCACGUGGGAGAAGCUCUGCAAACACAGUCUGGUAGACUGAGGCCAGAUAAUGCUUUACACACGAAGGCCUGCAUAGAUGUCACAGGCCUCACAGAAAGUGCAGGAGCAUAGGCCCUUGGGGACCUGCUGCUGGCCCACAAUCCGUUCCCUGCUCAGCUUCCCUUGGUGCCGUGGUGGGACUGGGAAGAGACAUUGAGGGGUCCUCCUUUAUUUAUAGCCACACUCCCUCUUUGAAUGGGACUCUGGUUUCCUCGGCCAUCCAGGGCUGAACUGUCCUAUGUAUGCAUGGAGGAAGGCCUCUCCCAGCUCUGUGUCCCCAGCUCAAAGUGCCUCAGUUCCUCCAUCUGUGUCUCCCCUCAAGUUCCGCACACUCUAGAUGGGCAUGCCCACACCCUGAGGUGGUAGAGGUGGGCUCCAGGUGCCCUCAGACUUACCUGUUAGGAUCUCAGCUAACUCAGCACAGGUUAGCAUGUCCUGAGGGAUGGCAAGUGUUGGGAGGGGGGAGGCAAAUCACUCUGUGCCCCAGGGGUACUGACCCCCCCCACACCAUAGGCUUCCUAAGGGAGCCCCAGCCCACACCCCACUCCCCUUCCUGGUGCUGCUAUUGAAUCCCCAGCUCAAGCGCCAUCUCUGCCCUGGCACCCCUGGGCCCAGCAACCAGGCCCCCUUUGCCAGCCCUCACUGCCCUAGUCCCAGCACAGGCUGCCCAGUAGCCACGUAGCAGAAGUCUGAAGCCAUGCCAGCCCUAGGGCAGCUCUCCCCUCUCGGCACUGGAUUAGGUGUUGGGGAGAAAAUUCUGGGGCCUUUUCAGCCACAGGGCAGAAGGAAGUGGAGGGGUUGGGUUGCUUCUCCAGGCAGUAUUAGGGUUCCUCCCAUGGCACUGUAGCCCCUCUGCUCAGUCCCUUGCUCCCAGGCAGGAGGAAAGGCCCCGCCUGCCCGUUAAAGGCAUGUCCUGUCCUUCGCAGCACAACCACAACAUUGAAAGCACUCAUCCCCUGCAUCUCCUUGAGUUUUCACUGUCACUCCCUGUUCCUCAUUCUCUGAUAGACUGAGGAGACCCUGGUCCCCACCAAAGCACUUGUGUCCCCCCUCAGAUACUUCCAGGCCUUUCCCCCCAAGCAAAGCACAAAUUAAGAGGCCCAUGCAACAGGAGUCCAGCCACAGCCCCACCGCCAGGCAGCGGCUACCCUGAGUUAAGAGAGGGCAUGAGAGAGAAGAGGCUUUCUGUGCCCCCAUGUUUGCGGGACUGCUGCUGGACCACAGACACGGCCACAUGGAGGGAGACCCAGUGGAGGGAGACCCAGACCAGCAGAGAGGAGGCACCCUGCUACACCUUCAUGCUUCCAGCAUGAGCCGAGCUUCCUCUUUUUUGCAAAGAAAAGAAACUUGGUGUGAACUGUGCCAAGGGCUCCCUACGGGUCAUCCUGCCUCUCGCUCCCCCCAUGACCACCACCACUGCUUCUGGACACUUGUCUCCCUACAGAUUUCAAUACUGUUCUACUGUGCAACAACCCUCUGAGUCCCCUUUUACCAGAAGGAUCUGAAAAGCAGCAGCACAGAAUCAAUGAACACAAGCCCAGCACACACACACACACACACACACACACACACACAAGAUGGGCACACACACCUCCCACAGACCCAAGCACAGGCACGUGUGCACAUGCAUACACAUGACUACAUGGGCACUCACUAUAAACAGCGGAGUCUGGGAAGCCCUUACAGGAGGCACUGAUUUCCUAGUGCUUGGGCCCAAGACAGACAGACAGGCAGGGGCCCAAGCCCUUGGCAUGUACUCCCUCUGCCAACCAACCUCCAUAUGCCCCAGUCACUGGUGCAAUAACUUUUCUGCCAUCCUCAAGGCAGAAGAAUCUGGACCAAUGUCAGGUGGAUGGGGCUACUCCCCUGAGCCCAGCAGAUAUUGUGUCCCUUCUUUUGGGAGGAGGGAUGCUCCCAGGCCUUCGGGGGGUCUACAUGGAGACCUCCAAGCCUGACUGCCAACUGAAACCCUCUCCUGGGGAGGGCAGGUGAUUCAAACCACCCUGGGCCAAAGAUGCCCAGGAGGUGAGGACUCCAAUCUUGACCUCCACUGCCGCUGCUGCUUUCUGACCCCUGCUGUGAGAAAUGGGCUUGUUGGCCGGAAAAAAAAAAAAUGGUUUUCUGUUUCUGGUUUUUUUUUUUUUUUUUUUUUUUUUUUUGUACAAAUGGAAACAAAAUCCAGGAGAAGCUGCCGCCCUCACCUCUGAGUCUGAUUCGCUUCCUUUGCUUCAGUCCCUGCGUCACUGUUUUGUCUUUGGUCCUGGGGACAGCCCAGCAGAUUCUCCUGGUUCUGACCCAGGGGGUGUUUGCCUCACCUCCUUUUACUUGUAUAAAAAAAUGAUGGGUUGAAAAUGUACUGAGGAAAAAAAAUGUACUUUUUUAUAAAUAAAGUGUUUAAAACAA